AUGACGAGCCUUGAGUCCCUGAGGGCUGCCUUGCCGUCGCACUUGCAGGAGCGGCUCCGCCUCUCCUCCUCUGCUCCCAUCAGAACUGGGCCCGUGUUGUACUGGAUGCGGAGCUGCCUGAGAGGCCAUGAGAAUCCUGCCCUGGAUGCAGCCGUCGCAGCAGCGGGCAUCUUGAAGACUGCAGUUGUGGUCUUGGUGCACUUGGAGGACCAGUACCCACAUGCCACGGCCCGGCGGCAGCAGUUCCUCUUGCAGGGUGUCCGGUCAGCACAGGAGGAGCUGAAGACACGGGGAUUUCCCCAUGUGUUGGUGCAGGCAUGGCUCUGGCAGGUUGACCGGCGUGGCCACCGUCCAGCACUUCACCUUGAGCUGGCAAAGAAAUGCGCUAUGGUUGUCGCAGAGGAGCCUUUCUGCGUUCCCUUCCUGAAGGGCGUGGAGGAGCUGCGGGCGGCGCCUCUGUGGCUCCUGGACUGCGCGUCGGUGGUGCCCAGCGCUUUGGUGCCCAAGGGCGCCUGCCACCGCGCCUAUGCCUACGAGAAGGCCACAGAGUAUCUGCACACCAAGCAUGCAGCCCACAAAUGGGAAGAUGCGAAGCUUGAGCAGGGCGCGGUGCUUGACUUUGAGCUACCGCCGUGCAAUGAUCUUCAGCAUCCGGACGAGGUCUUGCUGAAGGACAUGGAGGUGGACCACUCAGUAGCCCCGGUGUCGCACACCCCUGGCGGCAGCAGUGCAGGCUAUGCGCGCUGGAACUCAUGGGUCGCAGGAGGUGGACUCAAGACCUACGCGAAAAGGCGGAAUGAGUCGCUGGACGUGCAUGGGGUGUCGCGAAUGAGCGCCUACUUGAAUGCCGGCAUGGUGAGUCCAAUGAGGAUUGCUCGCUUGGCAUCCACUGCCACUGGCGCGGGCAAAUCAAAGUUUCUGAAUGAAUUUCUGACCUGGCGAGGGAUUUGCUACAGCCACUUCUAUCACUUCCCCAUGCCCUCUUCUGGGGCUACGGUGGCGCAGCUUCCCCCAUGGGCGCAGCAGACGCUCCAGGAGCACGCCAAGGACUCCCGGCAGGUGAUCCCUUUGGAGCAGCUGGCGUCCGCCAAAUCUGGGGAUGCUGCCUGGGACGGCAUGCAGAGGUACCUCAUCGAAACAGGAGAGCUCCACAACAACGCCCGCAUGGGCUGGGGCAAGGCAGUGUGCAGGUGGACUGAGGGCCCACAAGCAGCCAUCGACGCCCUUGUUGCUCUCAACAACAUCUUCGCAUUGGAUGGCCAUGCACCGCCCUCCUACGGUGGCCUGCUGGGUUGCUUGGGCCUUUUCGAAGGCCCAAAGCAAGAUAGCGCAAUACUCGGCAAGGUCUCGCACCGAUCUCCGAAAGCCAAGUAUGCUACCCUCCCGGACGUCGCUGGCGAAUUGAUGCGCGCUGGAAAGCAGGAGGCUGGCAUUGCCAGAUUUUUCGGAAGGGCUGUGGAGAACAGCCUGGAGCCUCAGCCGAAGAGGCGAUGGGUGAGGAAGCUGGGCCCCGAUGGAACCAUCGCCCUGGUGAACCCUUCCAACUCUGUCUCCGGGUUCCUGGAGCAUUGGUCUCGCCCCAACGCAGACCGCAUUGCGGAGGAGUUCCAGUACGGUUUCGCGCUGGAAACUGCUCGCCAUGCGCCCCACGGGGGGCGUGUCUUUUUCUUCGCCACCGAGCGGGCCACGGAGAGCCGGCGAUGGGUUGCAGCUAUCCUGUCCGUGAUUGAGAAGCCUCAGAGGCUCGAGGACUUCUUGGGAGAGGAUGUGUGGCCCGAUAUGUCAACAUCCUCACCUGUCUCUACAGGCCUGGAGGAACGGGACAUCUCUGAGGUGGCAACUGAAGACAUCAGCGACGGUGCGGAGAGCUUUGUAUCCGCUACGGAAGAGCUGGAGGCAGGUCGCUUCGAUUUGAUCAGGCCCGCCUUUCUGGAGCCGUUGGAUGUGGACGAGCCCGCAAGCAUCGAGGCCAUGUGCGAGAAGAUGAAGCCCUUCCAGAACUUCAGGCUGAAAACACCAUCGCUGAGCGUGAGGAUAGGCUUGAAGACGGCGCCGGAUGCUCUCCUCGGAUUGCUGGAUGAGCCACAGCCCGAUCAUUUUCCACUCCACGCGUCUUUCGGCGAGCUUCAGGUGGGCAUCUCCGUCCAGAGCGCGCGCUCGGGCGCUUGGUUGGCGCCGGUGGCCAAGCUGAUGGCCGCCCCAGGGGAGUUGGUGCAGAAGCUGCUGAGGUGCAAGGCCAGCUCGACAACAACGCAUGCGUUGGACUUCGCGGCUGCCAAGGUGAAUGUGAGCCGGCCUGACAUCGGCCGAGCCAUUGCGGCAACAAAGGGUCCGAGCAGUUCCAUCAGGAUGGUCUUCGAGCGUCAGUCGGAGCAGGAGGUUGGCCGGGAUCCGCAGGCAAAAUCUGCCCGGGUGUCAGGUUCACUGGUGGGGCUACUCGCUUGUUUGGAUGCGCCUGCGCUGACUACAGCAGGGCUGUUCCUGGUCAAGCUGGGGAAGGCCUUUGCGCCGGAGAUUUCCACCAGACGCUGCGAGACCUUGCAAGGCCUUGAUGCGCUGAGGGCUUUGGCGCCCACCGGCCUGCAGAUUCGCCUCGAGGAUUUAGAGGUAGAAGUGCCACUGCCUGGCCUGCCUGUGCAGGGCCAGGGCGUGCGGCUCACCAUCUCGGGCAUGCAGGUGUCCAGUCUGGCAGCGCUGCAGUCCUUGGCUACCUCAGUACGGCGGAUGGUUUCAGGGCGCUCUGAACCCCUUCGUCCCUCGUAG